AUGGCCCGACGUGCUCUCCUGGACCAACCCAUGGGCCUAUUGAUAGGCCCAAACAUGGGCUGCCCUGGAGGGUGCGGACGGGCGUGCGGUUCCUUUUCCUUUUCUGAUGACUUCGCGAAUCGGGAAUGCGCCUUUCCAUUCCACUCUCCUCGAAAGGCGGCGCUGCCGAGGCCCGCCCGAGGAAGGAAGAGAAGCCGCAGGCUCCGCGAGGGCGAGAGAGGUCGGCGCGAUUCGGGGAUGGGCAAGGGCGGCGAGCUGUGGGACGACUCGGCGCUGGUCGACGCCUUCGACCGCGCCAUGUCCACCUUCAAGGAAAUGCAUUGCAAGAGCAAGCGAGCGACGCCUAGUGAGGAUGGGAAGACCGAACAUGCUGCUGCUACUGCUACUACUGCAGGAGAAGAGAGGCCCAUUACUGAUGAAGCAGCGGAUGAGUGCAGAGAGGAAGAUGGCAACUGUGACAGCAAACCCUGUGGUCAGUCAGAGACACAACAGCAGCCCUCUGAAGAAAGACAGACAGUGGAGCAAGCUCCUCUUCAAGAAACUGAUCCAGGCAAAGAGACACAUGUUUCAGAGGCUAAGACGCUCUCCACAGAUGCUACUACUGAUGCUGAUGGAAAUUUGGAGUACAAUGAAUUGCUGAGACAAUACUAUGAACUUGAGGAGAAGAGUCGGAACAUUCUUGAGCAACUCCAACAAGCAAACUAUUGGAAUUAUCAAGCACCAGGAUAUGCUUCUACAGCCCAACAGCAGCAAGUUCCUGUCUAUAGUGCCACAGCACCAGAUCCUCACUCUUCCACAACUCAAUCCUCAUGCUGCAAUUGGAACGUUCCCCUGGUAUCUGUCUCCUGCUGUUCAGCUGGCCAACCAAGUGGAGGUUCUGCUUGUAUGCCACCUACUGCUGGCUGCAGCGUAUCAUUGGCUUGUGAUCAAUGCCCAGGUGCAAGCACUGCAUACCCUAGUGUUUCAAACUUCAUGCAGGCCCCAACAAAGGUAUCUACCAAUGAUGAUCAAAUUGCUAAGGCUGCAAUGAUGACUGCUGAAGGUGCCUUUAAUUUUAUGAGAAGUACGAUGUCUGGACUGCCUGGCACCCAAAGAAACGAAUCUGAUACUGGAAAGGAGGAAAGCACGAACAUGGGCAUGAACCCGAAUCUUGAUAGUGAUCUUGCUGCUCUCGUAAAUUCAUGGUAUGCUGCUGGGUUCUACACUUGCAGGUACCUCAUGCAGCAAUCUACGAAAAAUUCCAGACCGUAG